ACAUGGCGGCCUCCUUUCUGAAGGUUGCAGCGACAUGUGUCUCAAGGUGUGCUGCUCGCCAGUCCUUAUCAAUGAGAACGUUUUCUUCAACGUUACCUGUCAGUCAGAGUGUCCCUCCAUCCUUAUGGAAGUUGGGUAGACUGAACCAUGUUGCGAUCGCUGUACCGGACCUGGAGAAGGCAACAGCUUUGUACCGGGAUGUGCUUGGUGCCAAGGUGAGCGCUACUGUGCCUUUGCCUGAGCAUGGGGUUUACACUGUGUUUGUGGAGCUCGGCAACACCAAACUGGAGCUCCUGCACCCUCUGGGAGAAAAGAGCCCCAUUGCAGGCUUCCUGCAGAAGAACAAAGCCGGAGGAAUGCACCACAUCUGCAUCGAGGUUGAUGAUAUAAAUUCAGCAAUAGCGGAUCUGAAGGCCAAGAAAAUCAGACUGCUUUCUCUGGAGCCACGGAUAGGUGCUCAUGGCAAACCUGUGAUGUUCCUCCACCCUAAAGACUGUGACGGGGUUCUUGUCGAAAUAGAGCAAGCGUAGUAAUCAACACCUCUCUUUAAAACCUCGAUACAAGAGUGAGAAUUUGAUGUUACUAAUGGAGUUGAAAUAUUGAUAUAAGCUAGAGAUGUUUUCUUUCUCACAGAUCUGUAGUGUCUGACAUUCAUAUGAUUUUUCCUUGUUUGUAAAUUACUGGGUAAAUUAAGUGAAUUAGCUUGUAAUAUUCUAUAACAUUUAAAAGGUUAUUUCAGUACACUAAUAGGUACAAUUCAAAGGAACAUUAGCAAUCUGCUUGACAUUUUUAAUAAUAUCGCAAACGAUAAUGGAAAUGGUUCCCAUCGUUACUUUACGUAAUGAGACCUGGGAGGCAGCACGUGUGGCCUGACCAACGACAUGUAUAUGUAUAGUAAUAUCAUGAUGAUAUAAGCAUUUCACUGUUGGAUACACAAUCUCAUCUUCUUUUCAUUUUGUCAUUGAUAUUAUGACACGUUCCUGCCGUUUUUGUGAUUACAAAAACGAGAUCGUUUCCACACUUUCCAUCAUCCAAUAUAAGUUCAUUUAGAGUUUUCAUUCCCAACAGUAAUGAAUUAAAACCACACAGGCGGAAAGGUUUUGAAAGACGAAACUGUUCCACUCUAUCCAUCCCUUCCUCAGACUUCAGCUCACUUGUCUGCACAAGAAUGAGCAUGUUACUGGGAUACGAUUUGGACCAUAUCCAUCUCUCAGAUGUCUCUCCUUCAACCACUCACUCUGUAAAUCACUUCCCUUUGGACACAGCUGGAGGAGGGAGAUUAGAGACUGAUAUUUUCUCUCAUUUUUUUGUCUGUGUAGUUUCUGCUUCGCUACUUUGUUGAAUCUUUGAAUUAUUGGAAUAAAAGGGUCUGAUUUGCAGCUUCAAGUCAUCUGUGGCAUUUCAGUUCCUUUGGCAAGAUGGAAAAGGAACUGCAAAGUUCUUAUUCAGUCUAAGAACAUUUAUACAACAACUAUAGGCUACUUUGACUGGCAUGCAUACAUGACACUGAUAAUAUGGUUUUAUACGAUACAUUUACUCAUUUGGCGUACAAGUGAGAGUACAGACCAGGUAUAUAGAUGAAGGUUAUGGUCCUCGCUUAAGAGUUCAGUGGUGGCACUCUGACAAUCCUGGGGAUUUAAACUCACAACACAGACGACAGAGUUUUAAACACUGAUGAGUUUUAAACACUGCUUCCGUUUCGAAUCUGGUUCUUUCCAAGGUUUCUUUCUCAUAUCGUCUCAGCGAGUUUUUCCUUGCCACUGUACCCUCUAGUUUGCUCAUUGGGGAUAAAUUUGUAAAUGUAAAAUUUACAUCCUGAAUUUAUAUCGUUCUGUAAAGCUGCUUUGUGACAAUGUCCAUCGGUAAAAGCGCUAUACAAAUAAAACUGAAUUGAAUGGGCAGUGGUUACAUUUGCACGGGCAUUUUAAUUUGAAAUAUGCUCGACCUAGUAAUGAGUCUUACUUGAGCACAGUCCUUUUGCUCUUGCAUGCAAGCUACUUCAGAUGAAUGAUCUCUAUUGCUCCAUGUUAUCUUUGGAAACGUUUUUCUCAUUCGAAAUAUCAAUUACAUAACUACAGAACCUGAAGCAAAUGAUCUGCAUUAUGUCUGAAUAUAUGUUCUGAGCUGUGAGGAUAUUAUAUAUCCAGUAAGUGUGAUUUUUCAUU